CCCCCCCCUCCGCUGAAGCACAGUUCACUAUGAUCGUACUCGCACCCAGCACUGGAAGCCGGUUGGAUUUCGUGUCUCAGCCCAGGGUGUUUUUCUUGCAAACCUUCCUUUGGAUUUUAUGUGCUACAGCGUGCAAAGCGGAGCAGUAUUUCAAUGUGCAGGUAUGGUUACAAAAGUAUGGCUACCUUCCACCAACUGACCCCCGAAUGUCGGUGUUGCGCUCUGCAGAAACCAUGCAAUCAGCUAUAGCUGCCAUGCAGCAGUUCUAUGGCAUUAAUAUGACAGGAAAAGUGGACAGGAACACAAUUGAUUGGAUGAAGAAGCCUCGAUGUGGUGUGCCUGACCAAACAAGAGGUAGCUCCAAAUUUAACAUUCGUCGGAAACGCUACGCGUUAACAGGACAGAAAUGGCAACACAAACAUAUCACUUACAGCAUAAAGAACGUCACUCCAAAAGUAGGUGAUGCUGAAACCCGUAAAGCCAUUCGCCGUGCCUUCGAUGUGUGGCAGAAUGUAACUCCUCUAACAUUUGAAGAAGUUCCUUAUAUUGAAUUAGAAAAUGGAAAGAGGGACGUGGAUAUUACAAUCAUUUUUGCAUCAGGUUUUCAUGGAGACAGUUCUCCCUUUGAUGGGGAGGGAGGAUUUUUGGCUCAUGCAUAUUUCCCUGGGCCAGGGAUCGGGGGAGACACUCAUUUUGACUCAGAUGAGCCAUGGACUUUGGGAAAUCCCAAUCAUGACGGAAAUGAUCUGUUUCUAGUUGCGGUGCACGAGCUGGGACAUGCUCUGGGCUUGGAGCACUCUAAUGAUCCCACUGCAAUCAUGGCUCCGUUUUACCAGUAUAUGGAAACUGAUAAUUUCAAACUACCUAAUGAUGAUUUACAGGGCAUUCAGAAGAUAUACGGUCCACCUGACAGGAUCCCACCACCAACCAGACCUCUGCCAACAGUGCCCCCACAUCGUUCCAUCCCUCCAGCAGACCCGCGGAAGAAUGACAGGCAACCUAAACCUCCCCGGCCACCCACUGGUGACAAACCUUCUUAUCCCGGAGCCAAACCUAACAUCUGUGAUGGGAACUUCAACACUCUGGCCAUUCUUCGCCGGGAAAUGUUUGUUUUCAAGGAUCAGUGGUUUUGGCGAGUCAGAAACAACAGGGUGAUGGAUGGAUACCCCAUGCAGAUUACCUACUUCUGGAGGGGGCUGCCUCCCAGCAUCGAUGCAGUUUAUGAAAACAGUGAGGGGAAUUUUGUCUUCUUUAAAGGUAACAAGUUCUGGGUUUUCAAGGACACUACUCUCCAGCCAGGUUAUCCUCAUGAUUUGAUAACACUUGGAAGUGGAAUUCCUUCCCAUGGCAUUGAUUCAGCAAUUUGGUGGGAAGAUGUUGGGAAAACCUACUUCUUCAAAGGAGAUAGGUACUGGAGGUACAGUGAAGAAAUGAGAUCCAUGGACCCUGGUUAUCCUAAACCAAUCACAAUUUGGAAAGGUAUCCCAGAAUCUCCUCAGGGAGCCUUUGUCCACAAAGAAAAUGGCUUCACAUAUUUCUACAAAGGAAAAGAGUACUGGAAAUUCAAUAACCAGAUGCUCAGGGUGGAACCUGGGUAUCCCAGAUCCAUCCUCAAGGAUUUUAUGGGUUGUGAUGGACCAACAGAUCGAGAUAAAGACCGACACAGCCCUCAGGAUGACGUUGACAUUGUCAUCAAACUGGACAACACAGCCAGCACUGUGAAAGCCAUAGCCAUCGUCAUUCCCUGCAUCCUGGCCUUGUGCCUCCUUGUCUUGGUUUACACUGUGUUCCAGUUCAAAAGGAAAGGAACACCCCGCCACAUACUGUACUGCAAACGCUCUAUGCAAGAGUGGGUGUGAUGUAGGGUUUUUUUGGGUGUUUUUUUUUUCUUACCCUCCCAGGAGUUUGUGGUAACUUGAGAUUCAACACAAGAGCUGUUAUGCAGUUUCCUAGCUAGGAGCGGGCAUCUGUCAGUCUGAAACAAAGCUGAUCUUUAAAAAACCCAGAGGGUUGCCUGUCCUGCGCAUGAGUGGCGAUUCGCUCAGCUGGGAAGCUUCCAUGAUACACAGUAUCUGCUGUUUCUUCAGUCCUUUGUCUUUCUCUGUCAUUCGAUUCUAGGCCUUUCCUCUGCACGUUCAAUGCCCUACAAACUAUCAGGAUUAACUAAUGAAGAGGAGGAAAAAAAAAAAAAAAUAAAAAAUCUCCAUGUUUCUACAUUUUUUCCCUUAAGGCCUGUUCCCCUUUGAAAAAUUUUUUGCUGAAAGUAAAUUUUUUUAGAAAAACACAACAACCCACAAUGGAACUUUCCGGAAAGUGAGAAGACCCAAAACAGCUUUGUCUCCAAAGAGGAUUGCUUUCUGUCUGCUAUGGAUAAAGUCCUAUACUCCUACUUCCAGUUUUGUCAGGUGGGAGACUCGGAUGACAUGCAGGACUUCAGACUGUUCGGACAGCCAUUUUCCAACAAACAAGGGGCCAAAAUAUCUGCAAUAUAGUAACAGCCUUAAUAAUACAUUCAUUUUGUGUUUUUUACAGCUGCUCUGGGCUACGUCCUCAAUGUUUUAAACUCAUUUAUAUUCAUUACUAUACUCAAGCAGAACCUUUUUAUUGGUUUGUUUUAUUUUUGGUUGGUUUUCCUGCAUAAUCUUUCCCAAGCUGUACCAAGCCAACUGCCCCAGGCCUUUCACAGGUCUGUCAGGAGCGCUCAUUCCAAAGCACGGUAAAAAGCAGUGUUGUCUCUGAAGUGGAUUUCGAUGAAAUAAAGCAACAGUCAUGCUACAGAGAAACUUGACGCUGGUAUUACAUUGGUGGUGUAACCCUUUGAGAACUAUUGCAUCCAUUUUCAGAGUCUGGUGGAUGUUAACUUUGGUU